AUGGCUACGCCUACAGAGCGCAAGUACGAGUUCUUCGUGACGACAGACGAGCCACAUCAGCCAGAUGGCGUACAACGGAACAUGAUCCGACGGUUGGUGAUGCGCAACUACUUCGAGACGAAGAUGGCCGAAACCCAGUCCAGCGUACCUGAACACAACUCCACUAGCACAGCCACGGCAAAAAAACAGCUGAAGAGCCGGUUCCGAUUAUCUGAACCGCAGAACGAGAAGAGGAAGAAUGUGAGCAAGGUAUCGGGAGAUAUAUGCGAACAAAGUGAUGAAAGAGGGAGAAGACCGCAAGUUUUGAGAACUAGGUCCGGCCCGAUACCAUCAUCCUCAUCCAUCGAAGAAGGGAGCAGUACGAAAAACAGGUCCAAUAGGAAGAGGACCAAUAUAAACAAGAGAAAUACAAGUGAACCGACGGUAGAGAAGCCAUCCCCAAAGAUCGAUCCAAGUGCUCAUCGUAUCGAUCCGUUUGACGCUUUGCCAAUACCUGGGACGCCACAGCUUGAUGCGCUCUUCCGAUUAUACCAAAGUGCACCCAAGGACAACCCAGUCGCCAUCGACGUCAAGUACACAUGGAGACCCUUCAUUCUAAAUGAUGCUGGCUUGUUGCACGCAACCCUGGCAAGCUGGGCGUUUUAUGGGGUACUCGUGAAUGGAUUUCGUGACCUACGGGUGUGUAAUCUCAAACACAAAAGUGAAGCUAUCAACAUCGUUAAACGCAAACUUGCGAUGUGCGGAGGAAUCGUUAGUGAUGAAGUAGUUGGCACAGUCUUGACACUGGCAAAUCUUGAGAAUCUUAUUGGAGCAUAUGAUGCGGCGCAACUUCACAUUACUGCACUGAAAAGUAUGGUGAAUGCGCGAGGUGGACUAGCUGCUUUUGGGCACAACGAUGGCUUGUUGCGUGGUAUCAUAUGGAUGGAUUUCCAUACUGCAGCAGCCUUUCGCAUACCCCCGUCAUUCCCGUAUAUAUGCCUGGAUCCAGAUACUCCUCCUCUCCCCGGCGAGCUUAUGGAAGAAGCAGCUUCCACGUCACCAACUUCUCUGCUUCAACUAUCUUGCGCGGCUAUUGACUGCUUCAACAUCUUCUAUCGACUUCAUCGCCUCGCGCUGGCAACAUCAUCACACUGGCGUGGACACACUGCACGCCGGACGCUCAGCAAUCUCCUCUACGAGAUACAGUUCAUCAUUCUCUCAGUGCCGGAUCACUCACACGAUUUCCUGGAUUGCGACUGGGGCAUCCAACACGAAUCGAGCGAGGAUCAUCAGCGUCGAAAAAACAGAGCAAAUGCCGCAAGUGUGGUUGAAGCACUCCUCGCAGCAGCCCUCAUCUUUGUGUACGCUGUUCUGCGGGCACUACCAUUGCACACUAAGAUUUUCGCCAUCCUGCUGUCUCGACUGCGCAUCGCUAUAGAUCGACCGAGGACAUCAGUGGUAGAAGUAUGGAAGCGAGAGGAGAAUCUCAGCAUGCUACUCUGGGUCCUCGUCACCGCGUGUUCUGUUGCGUCGGGCGCUGAACGAACGUGGUGGAUCACGCGGCUAUCAGAGCUUUGUGAAGAAAUGGAUAUCAUCAGUAGGCAUCGUCUCGAGAACGAAAUGCGGCAUGUUGCGUGGACGGACCUAUUCUUUGAUGACAAGAUGGAUGGCAUCUGGGCAGAAGUAAUGCAGUUACGGGGACAUGCGCUUUCCAGGGCGCCGCUAGCAGCCACAUGGACUGAUCCUGCCUUGCUCACUACACGGAUAUAG